GCUGUUAUUAUCCAUUUUUCUUCUUCUUCUCCACUCCAUAUUAUUCUCAUACACAGAGACAGAAAGAAGUCGAAUUAAAUGGCAAUAAUGUCCUUAGUCUCAGUUCCAAGUACAACACCGACGUCACCCCAUCAAACCCUUCUCUCUCAACCACGUCCUGCUCAUUAUUACAGCUACACUAACAUCAACUCACCUCUUGUAAAAUUCAGAUACCCUUCUUCUAAUACCUUUAUCUGUUCCUCUUCUUCUUCCUCAUCUUCACCGUCUGUUGUAGAAGAAGAAAAAGAAGAAAAUGGCGGUCCUUUUACUUCUUCAGUCAAGGAUGACGACGAUCUUCCGAAUCCCCAACGCUCCGUCUCUGUAAAUGCUGACGACAUUCCUCUCGGGGGCUGUAAGGCGUGUGGGCGACCGGAGGUUGAGAGAGGCUGCAAUGGAGAGGGAAGGAUUCAAGGUGGGAUUGCAACAGUUCCAGGGUUUGGUUGGUGGCCAAUAAAGGCUUACAGGCCCUGCCCUGGAUAUGUGGCAUCUGGUGGUAGGUAUAGACGACAAGGGCAAAGCCUGGAUGAUAUUGUUUCCGGAUCAGGGAAGUCAGCGCCAGCAACUUCUCCAGUGAGUAGCACCAAGGUCGAGUCCAAGCCCAGCAAGAAAAGGCGAGAUCCCAGGAAAUUUAAGAAGUAGCAUCAACAAAGAGAGAUGUGCUUGGUUAUGGAUCAAUCCAUUUCCAAUCUUUAUACAGGAUCACAAGUUUUGACGUUCAUUGUCUUUUUACUGUAUAUGGUAUCUAUCUACUAUCUUAUGCUAGCCAAUUUUCAAUCUCUGGAUAUGAUUUUAAUGAUGAAAUUUUAGUUUAAAAUUAUACA